AUUGUCCGUCCCCAACACCAUGUUUACUGGGGUGGUCCUUUUUUCAGUCUGGGAGGACAGAAUUGUCUAUUGUUGCAUUAUUUGCGAGUCACGUGUCUGUUAAUAAGGAGCAAGUCGCACGAGAUGGAGGCAAGGGGUCUCCAACUGUAUUAUGUAUGAAAAUUUGAAUAAUGCAGCGGCGGCUGGCCUCCGGGGUUGGCGUGUGGGCUGCUUAUAGGUAAGAAAGAAAAUGCGCAAGGUGGUAGCUAGCCUGCAUCACAGCGAGGCUGCGGCACCGGUGCUGACUCAGGUAGGCCGCGGUGAGAGACGCUGGCAGGGCGAGUAGCGGGAGGACUGGGCCGAGACAGGGACGCCACAGUCUCUGUUUGUGUUUCCUACUCGGAAGAGGCAUUAACUGUCUUCGAGAAGUGGCGCACGUUGUGAAGAGUGCGCGGCGCCUCCGCCAUUGUUUGGUGGGGGGAGGGGAGACUCCGAUAUUUUCCAAUAGGAGGUGCUGACUGGCCGGAUUUGAGGAAUGGCUGCUGAGUGGCCCGCGAGAUGGGGAACGUGAUUUGCUGGAUAUUAUCGGGUGCGAUUAAGUGGAACGAGCAGCCGUGAGGAGGCGGCGAGGAGAUAGCGCUCACUGAUCGAAAUCGGGUGGACCCCGCGAGCGCGUCCGGACAAGAUGGGUGCGCGCUCGCGGAAACGGCGCCAGGAGUAGAGCCGCGUUUAACAGGAUGUUCCCCGUCCGGCAGGUCCACGCUGGCUGAGACAGGGGAACAAGAUCCUUUCAAAGACCUCUGUGUUCUAGACGCUACCAAACUGGCAGCCCCGGCGAGCAUCAACAUGACCACCACCGUGCACCUCGUGGAGCGCUACGGGCUCACUCCCAUCCUGCGGCCCAAAGUGCACUCGACCAAGGACCUUGCAGAGAAGAGCAGCAAUACCAACACCCCGGUCGUCGAGGAAGAGGAAGAUCAACGUGGCUCCACUAACAAGCUAGCGGUAGUACAGAGCGAGGAUGAGGUGCCGGUGAGGACCCGUAGCGGCCCCACGCCCGACAACAGCAAGGACCCGCGGCGCAACUCGGGGCUCAACAGCAUCACACCCGUCUCCCACUCCCGGUCCAUGGCCAUGCUGCAGGAGAUUGACUUAGACUCUUUCAGCCCAAAGGCCUACGAAGAUGGCGGAGGGGAGUGGGACCAUAAAAACUGCUGCGACCGGAUCGUCAUCAAUAUUUCCGGUCUCCGUUUCGAAACCCAGGUGCGAACACUGGCCCAGUUUCCUAACACUCUCCUGGGCAAUCCACAGAAGAGACUGCGCUAUUACGACCCCCUGCGCAACGAAUACUUCUUUGAUAGGCACCGGCUUAGCUUCCAAGCCAUCCUCCAUUUCUAUCAAAGCGGGGGCCGUCUUAGGAGACCUGCCGACGUGCCCACGGAUAUUUUCACGGAAGAGAUCAAAUUUUUUGAGUUGGGAGAGGAUGUCAUAGAAGCUUUUAUGGAAGAGGAAGGAUUUGUAAAGGAGCCGGAGGAAGAACUUCCGACAAACAAGGUCAUGAAAGCAAUCUGGGUCGCGUUCGAACACCCUGACACGUCCUUCAUAGCCAGGGUUAUAGCCAUUGUGUCUGUAAGUGUAAUCAUGGUGUCAAUAAUCACUUUCUGUCUAGAAACUAUGCCACAGUUUAAAAGGAUGCAAGAAGUGACAGUGGGCAACAAAACUGUAGAGAUAGAAGCCGAAGUGCCAGGUCCAACAGACCCAUUCUUUCUCAUCGAGACCUCGUGCAUCGUGUGGUUUACGUUCGAACUCAUCAUUAGGUUCAUCUGCUCCCCGAGCAAGUGGGAGUUUUGCAAGAACUUCAUGAACAUCAUUGAUCUUGUUUCCAUCGUGCCGUAUUUCAUCACCUUGGCCGCUGUCGUGGCCAAAUCCGACGAGUCCAAAAAUCGAUCCUCCUCCUUAGCUGUACUGAGGAUAAUUCGGCUGGUGCGAGUUUUUCGCAUCUUUAAACUUUCACGUCACUCUAAAGGACUGCAGAUCCUCGGACUAACCCUUAAGGCUAGCAUGCGUGAAUUGGGACUCUUGGUCUUCUUCGUCUUCAUAGGAGUCAUUCUAUUCUCGAGUGCAAUCUACUUCGGCGAGACAGACUACAAGGAAACCCAUUUCUCCAGUAUCCCCGAGGCAUUUUGGUGGGCUUUAGUGACAAUGACCACUGUAGGGUAUGGCGACAUGUACCCACAGACCGUGGGCGGCAAGUUGGUGGGGUCGCUGUGUGCCAUAGCCGGCGUACUGACUAUCGCAUUGCCGGUACCUGUUAUCGUCUCCAACUUCAACUACUUUUACAACCGUGAGACUGCGGCAGAGAACGCCACCGAUGAAGAAGAGUUCAGACACGUGGAUCAGAUCUGUCCGUACGUCCCACCAUCGGACAACAAGAAGAAACUUAGCAACAGUGACGGCACCGGGAACUCGAUGGAUUACAUCGACACGGAGGAAGGGUGGAUGUCGAACGAUCCCUCCAGGGAGAGGUUGACAAAGUGCCUGAACUCUGACACUCCCAGCUAUGCCAAACUGAACAGGUUAAACACGGACGUUUAGGUGAGCCCAGGCACUUUCUAAUAAGACACAAUAACUAUAACGAGAGCUAUAAUGAUAAGAAUAACCUUAGGAAGCUAGAUAAUAAUCAAUGGAUACAAAGAUAUGAUCGCAUGAUCUCUACUAUUGAUGCAUGUUUGUUGUUACUUGCCAGCACAAGGCAUCACCUCAUCAUGAGUUGAUCAUCUAUGCAAAAAAUAACAACAUGAAACCCAGACCUUAAAAGCAAACGCAAUACGUUAUCCACAUAUCACAUUGAAUUCAAAGGCCACUUCAUAGAUAAUCGGUGGUAUUUCUUUUUAUAAUCAAAGCAGAUAAUUUUUGCUGUGCUUUAUAUUUUUGCAUGUCAUAAUGUUAUGAUGAUAUGGCACGGGGUGUAUUUUGUAUAAGAGUGGUGACCGCCUAGCAUUGCUUGGUAAAACAAGUGCAUGAUGCCAAAUAAUAAGGGGAAGGUUCUAUGUCAGAAAACCCUGCCGGGCCUCGCUACAGUUCAUUAUCGAGACCGUAAGAGUAGGGGAAUCCGUUGGGGGGCCACAAUAGGCUAUGAAGGACGUGUCAGGUUGUUCUCAAGAUGAUAGGACAUGGGGUUACAGGGGGAAACUAAACAAUAAGAUGAUAUAUCUACUCAACCAGAGGAAUUUUACCAGUGAUGCAUACACCCAAGAUGUAACGAUGCAUGCAGGGUGUACUGCAGGUGUAUGCAUCUCUUUCUCUGAUUGGCUGAGGCACGGGAAGACAGGUGGCAUGCUCUGCACCCCUCAUUGGUUCGGCUCUGCAUGAGGGAUGUUUCCCUUUAGGUCAUUUCACGCACAGCACGUUUGAUUCUAUGCAAAUAACUUUAAUUGACAAGUCUAUCAAGUGAACUCAUGGCGACAUAAUACGCGCAUGUCUCAUGGAACAAGAAAAAAAAUGUAUUUUGGUGCUGCCAGAAUCAUGUUGUUGUUCUUUUCAGUUCUCAGGGCCUUUGAAAAUGAUGUCAUGUGUGUAGGUCAUUUGAGGUGUGACUGAAAUGACUUUCUACUUCAAAGAAAGCAGGAGGCCACACGAAAGUACAGGUUUCACGUAGACAUGACAAGCUGGGUACAAUAAGUCCAGCGCUGACAUUCUUUCCCUUGUGUUGAAAACCAAAAGGCAUGAUCAACUGAUUUCCGAAGGGAACCAACAAAAAAUCAAACGUUCGAAGAAAAAGCACAAAAAGCACACAACGUAGAGCACCGUCAACAAUUUGUCCCCCAAAAUCUCGGUGCUUGUAAAUAUAAAUAAAUAAGUGAGGAAACAAAAAGCGAGGAGGAUCGAUUUUUGGACUAUCUGAGAGUUUUUAUCAUCGUAGAAAAAAUUGUAUUAAUGACAUGUUUACUAAUUAAGACAGGCAGUGAAAAUAUAUACAUAUAUAGUUAUCUUGCAUAUAUACAUAAUAUAUAUAUACAAAUAUCAGCAGGAGAAUUUCAAAGGUAGACCAUGGAUAGCUAUGUGCGACCCGUACCCGCAAUAUUACCUCUGUAACUCGAAGGCAUUAUUCAUAUCUACCCACGUGACCUGUGACCAGAAUAACCCGCUAUUCCCUUAAUGUGUGUGGUCACGUGUGACCCACUAUCUCCACUCCACAGAAGACCUGGGAUUUCCUAACUAUGCCACUAGAAUACGCUAUGCUCGAGCUCCGCACGUAGUACCCUAAAUAUUCAUGGUUCAGUCCAGUGAGAACGCAUGGCGCAGGCAGUACUAUACAUGCACAACCCAUUUCGUGCCCCACCAAAACAUCAAAUAUUCUGGCGGCAUCUUUCAAACAAAUCUAUCUAAAUUGAGCGGUGAUUGCUUUAUUUCGAGUCCCGGUGCGUUAUUAGGACCUCGUUUAGUUUGUCGUAAGUCUAUUUACAACAAUAUUACAUAUACGUACAAGGAUACACGGCUCAUACAAUUCUGUGGCCUAUGCAAUCCAAGUCUAUUCUAAUACAAAGAUUUUCGCAAAGCUCAAUGGUUAUACGUAAGUAGCCAAAAUUCUAAUUUUU